AUGAGGACGGGCGGCUUCGCGCUCUUCCCACUAGAUGGGGAUGGAGGCAUUGCACAGAGCGCACCCGAACCGGAGCGUGCCUGGGUGCCGCUCGCGGAGAGCACCCACGCUCGCAGAGAGCACCCACGCUCGGCCCUCACCCUGCGUCUUUUCCUGAUGCUGCAGGACUGUCCGAAGGCUCGCAGGGAAGUGGAGCUGCACUGGAGGGCGUCGCAGUGCGCGCACAUCGUCCGCAUCAUGGACGUCUACGAGAACCUCUACCAGGGGAGGAAGUGUCUGCUCAUCGUCAUGGAGUGCCUGGACGGUGGGGAGCUCUUCAGCCGAAUUCAGGACAGGGGAGACCAGGCCUUCACAGAACGGGAGGCUUCAGAGAUAAUGAAGAGCAUUGGGGAAGCCAUCCAGUACCUCCACUCAAUCAACAUCGCGCACCGGGACGUGAAGCCGGAAAACCUCUUGUACACCUCCAAAAGACCCAAUGCUGUGCUAAAACUCACGGACUUUGGCUUUGCUAAAGAAACCACCACACACAACUCCUUGGCCACUCCGUGCUACACGCCGUACUACGUGGCCCCGGAGGUGCUGGGCCCUGAGAAGUACGACAAAUCCUGCGACAUGUGGUCCCUCGGCGUCAUCAUGUACAUUCUGCUGUGCGGGUACCCCCCCUUCUACUCCAACCACGGCCUGGCCAUCUCGCCCGGCAUGAAGAAGCGAAUCCGAAUGGGCCAGUACGAGUUUCCCAAUCCCGAAUGGUCCGAAGUGUCGGAGGAAGUGAAGCAGCUGAUCCGCAACUUGCUGAAGACGGAUCCGACCCAGCGCAUGACGAUAACGGAGUUCAUGAACCACCCCUGGAUCAUGCAAUCCAUGCAGGUGCCCCAGACCCCGCUGCACACCAGCCGUGUGCUGAAGGAGGAGAAGGAUCUGUGGGAGGACGUGAAGGAGGAGAUGACGAGCGCGCUGGCCACCAUGCGAGUGGACUACGAACAAAUCAAGAUCAAGAAAAUCGAAGAUUCCUCAAACCCUUUGCUGAUGAAGAGGCGGAAGAAAGCAAACCCCACCGAGCCCGCCGCACUCCCCCACUGAGGGUGCCCUGUGCCCACCGGCCCUUGAGAAAGCAAUAACUAUAUAUAUAUAUUUUUUAAGAAAAAAGACAAAAAGAGACAGACUGUUAUAUCAAGCGCAUGGAAUUCGACAUUUAUACCAGACUAGUUAUUUUUAGCUACUCACCUGUGUUUCUGACCUUUCCGGAGCAGGCGGUAAGAUCCCCCGUCAGAUGCACACGCUGCGGCCGGGGGUUUUCUCCUGUAGGUGACCGCUGCCGAUAAUUGGAUUUUUUUUCUUUUGUGAAACAGUUUUG